AUGGCCACGGCAGAAGCAGCUCCACCUUCUGCUGGUCCAAGAUAUGCUCCUGAGGAUCCAACUCUUCCCAAACCAUGGAAGGGACUGAUUGAUGGAAGCACCGGCGCUCUCUAUUUCUGGAAUCCUGAAAUCAACAUCACUCAGUACGAACGACCUUCUGCUCCUCCUCCACCGUUACCGUCCGGUCCUCCUCCGAAGCUCGCUCAGAUUCCUGAAGCUAAACCAGCUGCUCAUGUGUCUCAGCACCAUGGUUUGCCACAACAAUAUCCACAACAACAUGUAAGACCUCAGAUGAUGCAGCAGCAGCAAAUGCCUCAACAAUCAGGUCAACAGUUUCCGCAACAAUCGAUGGCGCCGCAUCAACAGAACCAGCAUUCACAGAUGCCUCAGCAGCUGAGCCAUCAAUAUGCACAUCCACAGCAGCAACAGUACAUGGGUUAUCGGCCUUACUUGCAACCACAAGGCCUUCAAAACUCACACCAGACACCUCAGGUUGGUCCCCAGGGUCAGCAGUUUCCGAGCCAGCAAGGGGACGAGUUCCAUGGUGGUAAGAAAGCUGGGUUUUCUCAAAAUGCUGAAGUUUCGCCAUCACAGAACAACCCCUUUGAAGCUAAGCCAGCAUCACAAAGAACAAAUGCAAUACCUCAGCAAUACAAUGGACCUCAAGAAAACGUGCAGCCACAGUUUCAACAGCCAGGGGCUAAUCUUGUUCACCCGCAGCUUGGACCUAGGCCUCCAAAUCACAUGGACCCGACAAUGUUGCACCAUAAGUCUCAUGCUUCCCCAUUCCGGUCAAAUAAUACUUAUGAGAGUAAUCAACAGUCUAGACCUGGGAAUGACCCCUACGUUAACACGAGAAUGGAAGGGCCAAUUAGGCCACUUCAUCCUGCAGCAAUGCCUAAGGAUAUAAGGAUAGGUGGCGGUACACCACCUGCAAAUGCUGAUCCAGGGCAUGGAACAUAUAGACACGCUGGUCCAGCUUUUCCAGCCGUAGGGAGGACUCAGUUCGCCACACCUCCUGAUGUUUCCCAUCUCUCGCCUGUUGAAAUGUACCUGAAACAACAUGAAAUCUCAACAACUGGUGAGAAUAUUCCAGCACCAUUCAUCACAUUUGAAUCUAGUGGUCUCCCACCUGAAAUACUUAGAGAGUUGCUUUCUGCUGGAUUUCCGUCACCAACACCGAUCCAGGCUCAAACAUGGCCAAUUUCUCUGCAGAGCAGGGAUAUAGUUGCAAUUGCAAAAACUGGUUCCGGUAAAACUUUGGGAUACUUGAUCCCUGCCUUCAUUCAUCUAAGGCAAUGUCGUAAUGACCCCCGCAACGGCCCCACAGUUUUGAUCUUAGCUCCCACUCGAGAGCUUGCCACACAAAUACAAGACGAAGCACAUAGGUUUGGCCGGUCUUCAAGGAUCUCCUGCACUUGUUUGUAUGGUGGAGCUCCAAAGGGUCCUCAGUUGGGUGAGUUAGAGCGAGGAGCUGAUAUUGUGGUGGCAACUCCUGGGCGCCUAAAUGAUAUAUUGGAGAUGAAGAGGAUUGAUUUCCAGCAGGUUUCGCUUCUGGUGCUUGAUGAGGCAGACCGGAUGCUUGACAUGGGUUUUGAACCUCAAAUCCGUAAGAUUGUGAAUGAAAUACCUCCUCGGAGACAGACUCUUAUGUACACAGCAACUUGGCCAAAAGAAGUAAGAAAAAUUGCUGGCGAUCUUCUUGUGAACCCUGUCCAAGUUAACAUAGGCAGGGUAGAUGAGUUGGCCGCAAACAAGUCUAUAACGCAGUAUGUCGAAGUUGUCCCACAAAUGGAGAAAGAGAGACGCUUGGAGCAAAUCCUUAGGUCGCAAGAACGAGGUUCUAAAGUUAUCAUAUUCUGUUCCACGAAGAGGCUUUGUGACCAUCUUGCACGCAGCGUGGGACGUAAUUUUGGCGCUGUCGUAAUCCAUGGGGACAAGUCUCAGGGUGAGAGAGAUUGGGUACUUAACCAGUUCCGAAGUGGGAAGUCGUGUGUGUUGAUUGCUACUGACGUUGCUGCCCGGGGACUCGAUAUAAAAGACAUAAGAGUUGUGAUCAACUACGAUUUUCCAACCGGUGUUGAAGACUAUGUCCACCGUAUCGGGAGAACUGGUCGAGCUGGUGCAACUGGAAUUGCAUUCACUUUCUUUACAGAGCAAGAUUGGAAAUACGCGCCUGAUUUGAUCAAGGUCCUGGAAGGAGCAAACCAGCAAGUGCCGCCUCAGGUGAGGGAGAUUGCAAUGUGUGGUGGUGGUGGUGGUGGUCCAGGUUUUAGCCAGGACCGAAGAGGAAUGGUAAAUCGUUUUGACUCUGGCGGUGGUGGCGGCAGCCGUUGGGAUUCUGGUGGACGUGGUGGUGGGUUUGGUGGUCGUGGUGGUGAAUUUGGAAUGAGAGAUGACUCAUAUGGACGUGGCGGGAAUCGGGACAGGGGUUAUCCUGGUCCUGAUGCUAGUCAUAUGGAUGUUGGUAGAGGCGGAUUUGGUCGGUUUGGCAAUAAUAAUAUGAAUGGCCGAGGGUUUGAUCGUGGUGGUAGAGGCUUUGAUCGUGGUGGUGGUGGUGGUAGAGGCUUUGAUCGUGGCGGUGGUGGUGGUAGAGGCUUUGGUCGUGGUGGUGGUGGACGGUUUGACAACAGAAGAGGUAGAAGCCGUAGCAGAAGUCCUGACUUGGUUAGGCCACGAAGGCGCCGUAGCCCGAGCUAUAGCAGGAGCCGAAGCCGGAGCUAUAGUCGUAGCCGUAGCAGGAGCUGGUCACGGUCAAGGAGUCGUAGUCCUAGGCAGAGCCGUGACCGUGGUGGUCAUAAGCGGAGCAGAAGCUAUAGCCGUAGUCCUAGCCCGGUUUAUGAAAGACGGGACAGGCCACGGCGUGUAUCUGGGUUUGAUAUUAAACCACCAGCUGAGUCUAUCGUGAACCCGGACAUUGCAGCGGCGGCUCCUGAAACAGCGGUCCGUACUCCAUUGUCUGAGAAACAAGGGAAUGGGAUUGUCCAGACAGAGGUAGAAGCGGCUCUAGUACGACAAGUGGCUGAUGAACCCUAA